AUGUCACCCCGCCCCGCGACCGAGGAGAACACCAUGACCAGAUCUUCUGGAUCUCCCAACUUUUUUGAGUCAGUCGAUCCUGCCGGUUUUCCCGCCAACGACAAGGAAAAGGCACGUCCAUGGAUGGCCCUUCUCGCAGCCAGACAAGACGCGUCUCGAAAGCCCGGUGCUGUCGACAAGAUGAACCUCAAGUCUGGGUGGUUACUAGACGCGUCGGCGAGCAUCCUCAACUGGCGCAUAAAACCUGAGACGAUUCUCCUUUCCACCGAUCCAACACCUUUCUAUUCCUACCCAGUCCGCCUCGCAUCGUUUUCGGCUCCCUCCACGAUAUUGCAUUUUACAUACAUUAGAGGCUUGGUGAUUCAACGUGGUCAAAAGUCAAUCGACUCUUAG